AAACUGGGAAAAAGUGAGGUUAUUGAAAAUAUUCUUUCAAGUACCUUUUGGCUUAAAAUCUUGAUAAAAAUUACUUCUAAAACUCAGAUGGUUUUCCCCUGGCUGGCAGCGCGGAGGCCGCACGAUGCCUGGAGUUACUGUAAAAGACGUUAACCAGCAGGAGUUCGUCAGAGCUCUGGCAGCCUUCCUCAAAAAGUCUGGGAAGCUGAAAGUCCCCGAAUGGGUGGACACAGUCAAGUUGGCCAAACAUAAAGAGCUUGCCCCAUAUGAUGAGAACUGGUUCUACACACGAGCUGCUUCCACAGCACGGCACCUGUACCUCCGUGGUGGUGCAGGGGUUGGUUCCAUGACCAAGAUCUACGGAGGACGGCAGAGAAACGGUGUCAGGCCCAGCCACUUCAGCAGAGGCUCUAAGAGUGUGGCCCGCCGGGUCCUCCAAGCCCUGGAGGGGCUGAAAAUGAUGGAAAAGGACCAAGAUGGGGGCCGCAAGCUAACACCUCAGGGACAGAGAGAUCUGGACAGGAUCGCUGGACAGGUGGCAGCUGCCAACAAGAAGCAUUAGAACAAAGGAUGCUGGGUUAAUAAAUUGCCUCAUUCAUUAAAAAAAAAAAAAA